ACAGACCCCUCAUAUCACUCAGAGGUCUCCUCUCUUUCACCCAGCACCUUUACCCUCCUUCCUUCCUUUGUGCUCGUCCGUUCAGACUCACUUCUUCACCAAGCCAUGGACGUCUUCUCGCCAUCGCAGGUCUACUUUGACAGAGCGUGCGCUUCGUCUCCAGACAGCCUGGAGUUUGGUCCCACCAUGGAGCUCGCCGGCUCUGAGGAAGACGAGCACGUCCGAGUUCCUGGAGCCCCCCAUCAGCCCGGACAUUGCCUCCAGUGGGCUUGCAAGGCCUGCAAGCGCAAGUCCAGUUUUGUGGACCGCAGGCGGGCCGCCACCAUGCGCGAGCGUCGGCGGCUGAAGAAAGUCAACCAUGCCUUUGAGGCCUUGAGGCGCUGCACCUCGGCCAACCCCAGCCAGCGCCUGCCCAAGGUGGAGAUCCUGCGCAACGCCAUCCAGUACAUCGAGAGCCUGCAGGAUCUUCUGCGAGAACAGGUGGAGAACUUUUACGGCCUACCCGGAGAGAGCAGCUCUGAGCCGGGGAGCCCGCUGUCCAGCUGCUCUGAUGGCAUGGCUGGAGGCAACAGUCCUGUGUGGCAGCAGCUGAAUGCAAACUACACACACAGCUAUUCCUAUGGGAAGAACGAGAGUUUGGAUGACAAACCAAUGGGCACCUCCAGCUUGGAGUGCCUGUCCAGCAUCGUGGACCGCCUGUCCACGGUGGAGUCCAGCUGUGGACCUUCUGCCCUGAGAGACAUGGCCACCUUCUCCCCCGGCAGCUCCGACUCUCAGCCGCGCACACCCGAGAGCCCCGGAACCAGGCCCGUGUACCACGUCCUGUGAAGCAGGGCCCUCGCUCUGAUGUCAUCAGACGCCAGCUGCGCUUGCAACCAAACCACGGGAAGCAGCUUUCAUGCGACGCAACAACCAUCGUUAAAUACUGUACAUGAGACUGUAAAUAUGUAAAAUAAGGCCUGUUUAUUCCCCACAUGCUUUAACGCUCCACUGAACAUAUUUGAUGCAGUGCUGAAUUAUUCAUAAAUGAUUAUAUUUAAACAAAUUUUGACACUCCUUUGUUUUGAUUGUUGGUUAUUUUUAUGUUUUUGUUCAAAAUAGUUGAAAAGUUAAAUUUAUUUCUUGAAUUCAUGCGUUUCUUUUCCAUGAAGUUUCCUUUUUGAGCCAAAUAAAGCCGAAAGAUGGUUCAUCAGUCUAAUCGCUGACAGCAGACACAAUCAUUAGCAUGAUGAUAAAUUGGAGUCUGUUGCAGAUUUCAAAAUAAAAGCGCAGGUUAUUUAUUAUGUCCUCAUCUUGGCUGUAAAGGGAUCACAUCAGAGGUCAGCUGAUAAUAUUUAUCAUUUUGCUGCAAAUUCACGUGGAACUUUGUGAAUUGUAGGUUUUUAGGAUGAAUCAACCAACAAAUGCAAACCUUUAAGUGAUCUUUGAGCUUCUCUGUGUUUUGACGUGUUGCUGUGUGUUUUCCCACUUUUCUCCACCUGUUUGUCCUUUCCUACCAAAUGUGAGUCAUCAUUAACACCUUUGAUUGCACCAUCAACACCCAUGUGGAGAACAGAUGGCCUCUAAUAGUACUUAUUAUCGCGUGGCUGAGGAAGAGGAGGAGGGUGGUGGGGUUGUUACGUGUGUUUUUACGUCUGUGCUGCAAGAAAACUGUGUUUUUUUAUAGUUUAUAAAUCAUUGAGAAUAUGGAAAUAAAAUGUGAUUUUUGUUA